AUGAGGUGUCUAUUGCUAGUGAUAUGCGCAUUGACGUUGGUGGCAUCGGGCAUCGGACAACAAAACCAGUUCCCUCACCGAUACGACAACUUUAACCCUGAUUCAAUUAUCCAGAACGACAGGAUACUACUUGCGUAUUAUAGAUGUGUCAUGGACAAAGGCCCUUGCACGAAGGACGGCAAGAAUUUCAAGCGUGUCCUCCCAGAAACACUAUCAACAGCAUGUGGUAGAUGUUCACCUAAUCAAAAAAGCGUAGUUCGUAAGAUGCUACUAGGUAUUAGAGCGAAGAGCGAACCUCGCUUUUUUGAACUCUUAGAUAAAUACGAUCCAACGCGAGUCAACAGAGAAGCACUAUAUAGUUUUCUUAUCACCGAAGACGAAAGAAACUUUUGA